AUUUUGUCGCUUGAUGCUUUCUUCUUUGAUGCUUUAUUUUUUGGCCUUUUCUUUUUUCUUUUUGCCGAAUUAUUCUCUUUUGGUGAAUUCUCUUUUGGCCAAUAUUUUCCUUUUGAUUCAGGCGUCUCGUCGUCUGAAUUGUCAUCGCAUUCAAACGCUGCGUUGACUUGUAUUGAUGCGGCGAAUACUGUGUGUGCGCCUAUUGCAUUUUCGAUUUGACCUGCACCGCUUAAAAUUUUCCCAAGUCGUGAUUCACUGAUGGUAA